AUGUCGAAACGUGUUUGUGUUAUUGGAGCUGGAAUAGCGGGCAUAUCCUCGGCAAGAUAUUUGAAAGAAGAAGGAAUUAACUUCACAGUUUUUGAAGCAACUCGAUAUCUAGGAGGUACUUGGCGAUAUGACCCUCGUGUAGGCAUUGACGAAAAUGGUUUACCCAUACAUACGAGCAUGUAUAAACGCUUAAGGACCAAUCUUCCAAAACCGACUAUGGAGCUCGGAGGGUACCCGCUUUCAGAUUCUUUACCGUCGUUUCCAUCUUGGGAAGAUUAUUACCAAUACCUACUGGAUUAUGCAAAACACUACGACAUCGAAAAAUAUAUAAAGUUCCUCCACAAGGUGAUAUUAGUGAGAAGAAAAGAUGAUACGUGGAAAGUAAAAUAUGAAAAUGUAAUAACAAAAGAAGUGUUUGAAGAAGAAUUUGAUUUUGUUAUAGUCGGUAACGGACAUUUUAGUAAACCUAGAAUGCCGAAAAUUCCUGGAGAAAAUCUGUUCAAAGGUACGAUAAUCCACAGCCACGACUUUAGAGUAACGGAUCCUUAUAGAGACCGUCGUGUCUUGGUAGUGGGUGCUGGACCCUCGGGGAUGGACAUUGGGUUGCACGUGGGCGACGUUAGCAAGACGUUAAUACACAGCCAGCAUUCCAAAGUUAAAUUUCGAACGCCUUUCCCACCACACUACAUAGAAAAACCUGAUAUAAAGGAGUUCAAUGAGACGGGUGCCAUAUUUGUUGAUGGGACUUUUGAACAAGUAGAUGAUGUUAUUUAUUGUACGGGUUUCGAAUACGACUACGGGUUCUUAGACGAAUCCUGCGGUUUGACAAUAAAAACUGAUGUCUUGUAUCCUUUACACCAAUACAUGGUAAACAUCAGGCAACCCACAAUGAUCAUCAUGGGACUAGUUGUUAGAGCGUGUCUAGUAAUCGCUUUGGAUGCACAGGCUCGCUACUCAACGGCGCUAGUUAAAGGUGACUUUAAGCUACCUUCUGAGGCAGAGAUGAUGCAAAUAUGGGAAAAACGAAUGGAAGAAAUCUCUGCUAAAAAUUUGCGGCCAUCUUUCAUACAUGUAUUGGCGGCAAAAGAGGACGAGUACUACGAAGGCCUGUCUAUCGAGUCUGGUAUAGAAAGAGUACCUCCGGUCAUGUACAAGAUUCGUGCCAUGGACACAGAAGCAAAAUUGGAGAACCUUUACACCUUUAGAGAUUACGAGUACAUCAUUAUCGACGACCACAACUUCACAAGAAGAAAAGAACAAAGAACAUUCAAUCAGAGUACAUUAGUGUCAUAG